AUGCUCUCGCCCACACCCCUUAACAGCGUCGAGAGCUCCGGCCCUCGGUCUCAGUCCCAUGAUCCGUCGCACUCACACGCCCAGACCCCUCCGUACUUCGGAGUAGCAGCGACGUCGCCCGCAGCCUCUUCGGGCUGGGGUCUCGGUGACCCGGCCCCCUUGCAGCAUCUGUCCUCCGAGGCCUCGACCUCGCCGGCCGAUUCUUGGCGGCUGGACGAGUUCGUCACCGACCCCGGCUACCUGGCCUACCAGGAGGAGCUGAGAUGCCUGAUAAUCAACACGGCCCAGACGGCCGCCCCGACGAGAGAGGGCACGCCCGAGGCGGCGGUUUACGGCGGCUUCGCGGCAGGGGGGUUCGCGGCCCCCGGGACGAUCUCAAGCGACCAAGGGACCGCGCGGCGGCAGGCCGGCCAGAUCCUAGGGACCGGCCGGAGGCUCGAGUAUCUGAAGAAUUACGUAGGCGAGGUUGCGCCAUGGCUCGACAUGUUUGACAGCGACCGCGCCUUCGGAAUCCAAGUCCCCGUCCUCUCGCGCAGCUCCCCGGCGCUCAUGUACGCCGUCCUGGCGCUGUCGGCCAGGCAAAUGGAGCGAAAGGAGGGCAGGCAGACGUCCUUUGACAGUCUGGAGCUGUACCAGGAGGCCAUCCGCCUGCUGACGCCCCUGCUGCAGUCCCGCGACCAGAAGAUCAUCCCCAUCUGCACGAUCCUGUGCUGCCUAGAGAUGAUGUCUGCCAGCGCACAGGAUUGGAGAAAGCAUCUAGAGGGGUGCGCCGCGCUCUUUGACUCGUUCGACGUCCACGGCUUCAGCGGCGGCCUCUUGCAGGCCGUCUUUUGGUGCUACGCCAGGAUGGACCUCUGCGGCGCCCUCAUAUCAGACGGCACGGAGAGCACCCUCCUGACGCCUUCCAAGUGGCUGCCGAGCGGCGUCUCCCACGACGAGGCGCGCGAGCUCUUCCACCAGUCCAGGACCCCCGACAUGCACGCCAACCACGCCGUCUACCUGUGCUCCAAGGUCUGCGAGCUCGUGGCCGACAGGACGCGGCACUUUGAGCUCGGCGGCGCCGACCGCUGCGACGCCGACGAGCUGGCCGACCGCUGGGUCCGGCUCUGGGAGGACCUCCAGGCGUGGACGAGAGACCGGCCGCCGGAGCUGCUCCCCGUCCAGAGCGUCCAGAGCAUCCCGUUCCCGCAGAUCCUCUUCCUGCACUGGGCGGCCAUCUCGUCGAACCAGCUGUACCACACGGCGUGCGCGCUCCUCCUGGGGUCCAUGCCCAGGCCGCCUAACCCGAAGCAGCUGCUGGGCGUCACCGGCUCGGUCGUCUGGCACGCCAAGUGCAUCUGCGGCAUAUCCCUCGCGAACCCCCACCAGGGCUGCUUGAACAACGCCAUCCAGCCCCUGUGGGUUGCCGGCAGGCUCCUCAGUCACAGGUCAGAGCAUGCCGUCCUCGUGAGACUCAUCCGCAGCAUCGAGGCCGUCACCGGAUGGGGCACGUGUUGGAGAAUCGACGACUUGGAGGCCGCCUGGGGGUAUAAAGUGUGCAAGGAGCUAAAGACCGCCGGCACCGCCGGGUGA